AGACGAAUUAUGUAUUUGUUAUGAAGUGAUACUAAAAUAAAUACCUAAUCAAAAUGAGUGGUGAAACGUUAUAUGAAUCGGCCAGGAAGCAAAACGUAACGCAAAUGAGGGUUCACGACUAUUUAUACGAUUCUGUGUUCAUCGUUUCGGGUGCGAGGGACUAUGCUCGCACGGCGUUUCGUGCGGCGAUGGCGUCGGCUCAAGUGGCUGUUCACCCGGUUUACAAGACAAUGUUUUCCGAACUGAGAAAAUAUCCCAGAGUACAAGUUGUUUACCACCCCAACUGCCGUUUGCCCACCCACAUCGACCGCUCAUACGGUGGAUAUCUUCAGAAGGUCCAACAGACCAGCAAUGUGCCCACUCCGAACGUUGGCGGGAAGGAUCGGUUCAAAUUUACAGCUGUGCCCAAGAAGCUGUUGGAUAUGAAGACGGUAACUCCUCGGUUCCAACCGCCGGUCACGCAAACAUAUCCUGUCUCUACUAAACCUAGGAAUAGAGGAACCCAGAGUGUUUUUAGAGAGUCUUCGGCCCAGACAUCACCGUGGCAACCGGAUGGAAAAGCAGCGGACGUUUGCGAGACUACACCGGAAGUACUCUACCUGGAUAACUUGAACUGGGGACCUGGAGAUCCAUAUCGCAGCGGUGACCUUCCGGCAGAUUUCCACACAACGGAAAUAAUUAACAAGAUGCGUCAUGCGCGUCGUUGGGGUGAACUGGUGGAGAAGGCGCAGUUUCCUCGUUGGAUGAAGAAGCAGGAUGGUAUCAUCACGGACAUUGAGACCAAGGAUUGGAUAUUUCGAGAGGCGGAGAUCGAUGAGCUACAAGACAUUCGAUUGACGCUGCUGCACAAGAUGCAGGCCGAGCAGCGCCAGAAGCAAAUCACCAGGAUCAGCAAGAAGCUGUCCAAACUGUGGACGUGCAAGAAGAAUGAGAUGGAGAAGAAAAUCGAGAAUAUUCGACGCUCGAGAGACAGAGAACUACGGAAGUUAGCAGCAUUGCAUAGUGUCGGUGGACGAGCAGGUGUGGUGGAAGCUCAGCGAGCGACGCGCGGUGGAGGCUCUGUCACCACCGCCGCCAGGGACCCGACGUCGGACCUUCACGCGCCCAAGGCCAGGCAUGGCUACCAGGCGAGAAGGAGGCACGCGGAGAUUACAUACGAUCCCUCACUACUUGCCUACGAAGACCACGAGCGGAUAGCAGCACCACCUGCAUGGCUUGAGCAGUGCGGCCAGAACCUUGGCAAGAGUUGUUCUGGCCAUCACCUUCCACAAGAUAAGACGAAGCUCUGCGAACGGGAGACCAAAUGGAGUGAAAAGUUCUUGGAGAGCCUGCAUAAUGAUUUGAAAAAGGCACGUUUGGGCGCUUCCGAGAUGAACGCGGGACCUCUGAGGGUGCUGAAGCCUCGUCGGCUGCAGGACACACCCCGACCUGCCACUCCAGUGGUUGAAGAGGUGAAAGAUGAAGACGAGGCUAGCCACCAAGCGGCCUUGGUGCUGCAGAAGAUUAUACGCGGCCGAGCUGUGCAGAAUUUGAUGUUCGAAGGUCGCACCAGAGCAGCCGAGCUGACUGAGGAGUUGAAGACUACUCAUGGACUGCAGAAGGAAGACAGGGUCCGGAUUGAGAAGGAGGAGACGAAAGCUCGGGAUUUCAAUGCCUUGCGCACAGAGGCUGAACAAAAGGAGGACGCCAUAGCAGCGCUAGUUGGUGAACUGUGCGGAAGCGCCGUGUCAGCUGCUCUUGACUUCCUGGAGAAGGAGCUGAGGAGGCUCCGUGAGGAGAGGAGACACCACGCCUACAUCCUGAUCGCCUUACGGGACAAGUCAAUGAGAGAAGCUGCCGAGGCAGGCAGAAGGCAGAGAGAAGUGCAGAGAAGGAGAGAACACGACGAGAUGUUCAAACAGGUGCUGGGUAUAACUCAGGAGACUGUUGAUGCUUACCUAAGUGAGAUUCUGCAGCAAGGAGUCGAGCUGGCUGCAGAGGAGCAGGCAGUUGCGAGAGCGAAGGAGAGCGCCAACAGAGUGGACCUCGAGUUAGAGCAGGAUAACGCUAUGUCGACGGCAGAACAGAACGAGUUGGUGGCGGAAUUGGUGCACCAGUUCCUGCUGCCGGAAGCUCACAAGGCUGCCAGCAGACACCGGCUGGCUGCCGUUCAGCACGCGAGGAUGGACGCUGCUCGCUCCUCCAUAUUCGGUCUUGUUGAUGACGCGGAGAUCAAGGAUGAACGCUGUAUUCAAUGCGGUGAAUUAAUCGGCCUCUCGUGCCGCUGUGAAGUGUGUCCUUUGAAGCAGGAUCCAGUAAUGACCAGCUCUAGAGAUGAUCCGAGAUGGAAGAAGAUCAGAGCUCAGCCCCGCAUUGAGAAGACCCGUGAGGAAAGAAUUCCACCCGCACACGAUAUACGAUGCUGGCUGAAUGAUUUGAUUGGUGAUGUUGCACAGAAGUCGAAGUACGACCGUGAAGACAAGUCCGGCAUUGUCCGCGAGAUGGCGCGAGUGCUCCGCGAGCGACCGGAGAUCACCAUUGACGCUCGGGAGAUCUUAGACGAGAUGGUGUCAGCUGUCACUGGAGACUUGGAGGGUGCGAUCAAGGCUCCGGACUACGGCUACGUGAUGACCAGAGUCAUCAAGGAUGCGUUGGAGAGAAGCGUGCCAUUUGACGAGACAAAAGGGUGUCCAACAGAGCUUCCGUCGGAGAUCCGUCGGAAGGCCCAAGAAGCAGCAUUCAUCGCUGACCCCACCUGCUAUUGUGAAGAGAAGAGUGAACUGAGGAAUUUGGAACUGUUAACUGAUGAAGAGAAAAGCAAGAUGAUGCCGUCUGAGUGGCGCACGCUGGAGGAGAUGCGUCGCUGCAAAUGUGACCCUGGACUCAGACCAUCUCCAGUAACUGAUUUGACAACUGAACCGAGCCUCAUAGAAGAAACCAUAGAGGAGGAGGAAGAAUUACCUUAGACCAAGAAUCAACUUAGACAAAAUAUUAUGCUGUUCAACGAUAUUCCAUAAGCAGGACCAGAGAAUAUAUUUACUCAGAUCUUUUGGCAAGACGCGUAAGCACGGCUUUCACCAGUGACACUUUAAACUUAGUUUAAUAAAAUGUAAAUUAGUUCAAAGGCCAGUUUGAAUCUUGAUUAAAGACAAAGCGAUUUCACCAAUACAUUUUAAGCGCGUUCACGAAAUCAGAAGGAGAUGUCAUACGCAACAGAACGUAUCAAAUAGCUGUUGAAACUUAUCAUUACCUGAUAAUAUUAUCAAACAUUUCCAAAGAAAUAUUGCUGCAUUAUGAAAUUUAAUACGUACAUGUUAGGUAAUACCUUUGUACCACAUAAAAAAUAGAUGCCUCCGUACCAUGUUACGUUACUUCUACAUUGCUGACUAAAAAUGUCAACAAAAACGUCAUUCUCUCGACGGAAACCUAAAAAUUAAAAAAAAUAAUCGCUGAGAAAUUGGACAACACAAAUGAAGACGGACUCUUGAUACACUUGGAACGUACUAAAGAAUCAAGCAAUUGUUAAUGUAUAGCAAUUUUUUUGACCGGAUUAGUUAUUUAUUGUAUUAAUGUUUAAUUAGAUUGCAUAAACUUUGUUUAUCAAAAUAAAAUUAAGCAGAUACCUAUAAUACGUUCAAGUAUGUUAAAUGCAGAAUGUCAGACACCAUCCCUGCCCGUUGGAGUUAAUAAACUGACGCGCUUGAGUAUUUCUUGGUCACGAUAUUUUUUUUGCAUUUUCAAAUAUCGGUCACAACUUUUCGUCACGUUCAAAUCGUCAGUCUUUUGAACAGGAGCUACAAUAGAGUUCACUUGUCUCAGUGAAGCGCUGUAUAAGAUUUUUUCCUAUUUUCUACCUCUUCGUAUGGCCACCCCCACCGUACAAACCGGCAGAUAAAUAUUUUCCGUUAUCAAAAAAUACGUAGCGUGCAUAUGCUAUUAAUAUCUGAAGCGCUUGAGUAUUUCUUUCUGUUUUUUUAAACUGUAGUACACACUCCGCCCACCAGUGAAAGGGUACACAUCACAUAAAGUAAAUCUCUAUUUUGUCUCUUGGGCUCCCCUACAAUUAUAUAAAUUGACAUUAUUUUAUCAAAUGCUUUUCACUUUGUCAGGCUAUCCAGCAGAUAAAUAGCCUAUUCGUAAAUUUACUUGUAGGUACAUUUAGAAAAAGCCCCUUAUUAUAUACCAUGACAUUAGGCAUUAGUUACUUUAAAAACAGUUUUUUAACAUACUCUGUCUUUUAUGGUGUGUUUCCUUCGAACAUUUUACAGGCAAAUCAUUGAUUUGCCUUGACCGUUUUAUUAAAGCGUUUAUGUUUAAGAUUUCUUCCAAUAUAAAAAACUCUAUUUAAAAGAAUUGAUGUCGAUGGCUCUGCUCCUGCAGCUGUCCUGAGACUGGGACCCGAUUUCACCACUGACACUUCAAACCGAGUUUAAUAAAACUCAGUUUUAAGUAAACUAGUUUGAAUGCCAGUCUUGAUCUCGAUUAAACACAAAGCAAUUUCACCAAUACUUUUAAGCGUUUUGACGUAAACUGAGUUUACAAGUAAUAAAUAUUAGAAUGUAUGUAAUAAAUAUGUAAUGUUUCUAUUACGAUAACGACAGCAACAGCUCUUGAAUGCGAUCAAAUAUGUUGAACGUCCAAAAUUCAGCGGUCAGCAUUUAACAACUCACUAUGGCGUACGGCAAUUAAACGUGUUUAGGCUAAAACUGCGUUUAGUUUGUGUUGGUGAAAUCCGAAUUGAAUUCUCGUUUACAGGUGUAAGCUUAGUUCAAA